AUGGCAGCAAAGUCCACCUCAGUUCCUCUCCUUACUCCUUACAAAAUGGGAAGUUUUGAGCUCUCUCAUAGAGUUGUGAUGCCACCAAUGACAAGGAACAGAUCAUACAAUAAUACUCCACAACCACAUGCAAUUGAAUACUAUUCUCAAAGAGCCACUAAUGGCGGUUUUCUCAUUUCUGAAUCAACUAGUGCUUCUGACAUCUCCAAAGGGUCCCCAAAUAUGCCUGGAAUUUGGACAGAAGAUCAAACAGAGGCAUGGAAACCCAUUGUUGAAUCUGUUCAUGGCAAAGGUGGUAUCUUUUUUUGUCAGCUUUGGCAUCCAGGGCGGCUAACUGACUCAAGCCUCAACAAUUUCCUUAUAGCUUGGAAUGCAGUACCUGACGACAGCGAGUACUUCAGACCAACACCAAAGCAACUAAACGCAAUUGAACUCCCCUUCAUUGUCAAUGAUUUCAGAAUUGCAGCUCGCAAUGCCAUUAAAGCUGGAUUUGAUGGAGUCGAGAUCAACUCAGCAAACAGCUACAUAAUCGAUCAAUUCUUGAAUGAUCAAUUCAACGACAGAACAGAUGAAUAUGGUGGAAGCAUUGAGAACCGUUGUAGACUUGCUCUUGAAAUUAUAGGAGCAGUUGUGGAUGAAAUUGGAGCAGAUAGAGUUGGUGUAAAACUCUCUCUUUUCUCUGAAGUGUACGGAAAAAAGGACUCGAACCCAGAAGCUCUGGCGACUUAUUUGGCUAGUGAACUCACUAAGCUUGGAGUUUUAUAUCUUCAUGUGUUCGAGCCGAGGGAAGAACAUCAUGAUUGCCUCAAAUCAUUUAGAAUGGCUUUUGAGGGGACAGUUAUUGCUUCUGGUGGCUACAAUAAAACUAAGGGAGAUGAAACUAUAGCUGAAAGUUAUGCAGAUUUGGUCUCAUUUGGACGUUUGUUUUUGGCGAAUCCUGAUUUACCGAAGCGUUUUGAAGUGAAUGCACCAUUGAACAAGCAUGAUAGGAGCAGUUUCUAUAGGAAUGAUCCAGUUGUAGGUUACACUGAUUACCCAUCUCUUGAAGUUGUAUAUUAGGUUAUUAACUUUGUGAAAAAAGAUGGAGUUUGUGAGAAUAUAGGUCAAUCACUAAUGCUUGUGUCAGGGUAGGCGGUUUAUACCACAUUCCCUGAGUGUGAUUCUUUGUGGAAUAGUCUGUGUACUUUCUAUUUUGGUAAAAGAAGU